AAUCAACGAACCCACCUCGCCACCACCACCACCACCACCUCCACCUCCUCCUCCUCCUCCUCCUCUGCUCCGAUUACAAAUACCACCACCGUGACGCCGCCAUCCUGUGCGCCCCCGUCGUUCGAGCCAGCAGCAAAGUUGCGCUGCGUAGCAAGCAGCAGAGAGGUGAGGGACGACGCCUGGCCGGAGACGCAAGGACCUGGAUUCUGCUGUUAGCCCUCUGGCCAGUGAUACCAUCACCAUGGAUGUGUCUGAUGAGAAGUGUGCUCAUCCGUCAGACCUUCCUAGUGCAGUUGAUGUCGAGCAAUCUGACAGUGGCAACCCUGAACAUUUGGGGUCUGUUGCAGUCAAUGGAGCAAUUGGAAAUGAAGGUUAUUCAGGAAUGGAUUGUUCUAAGCAGACUGACGAAGAGCAUGGUGGAGAUGAAGACUCUCUUGUUAAUGCUGAAAGCAAUGUUGAUAAACAAGAGAAUCAGGAAAAGAUUCCAAUGGAGGAAACAGCGAUGAGCGAUGGCACCUCGAUCACAUCGAUGGAAGAUGCUCUGGAACCAAACAAUGAUCUCCCUUCAGAGGGUGAAGAUAUGAGCAACAACCACACUCCUGAUCUGUCAAACGGCAAGACUUCCAGUGGAAACAGUAACGUAUUCCAGAGUGCAAAGAGUGUGUUGACUUCCACCAAGAAGGCGAAGAAAACUUCAUCUGCAAAAACACGGAAGCCGCUGCAAUCUACUAAUAGAGGUAAUCAGGAUGACGGGAAAUCAUCAACUGGAAAGCCCACAGUUCCAUCAGGCCCAGUCUUCCGUUGCACUGAACGCGCCGAGAAGCGCAGAGAAUUUUACAUGAAGCUGGAGGAGAAGCACCAAGCUAUGGAGGAAGAGAAGAUUCAGUUGGAAGCCAGGCUGAAGAAAGAACAAGAAGAGGCUCUGAAGCAGCUGAGGAAGAGCCUGACCAUCAAGGCCAACCCGAUGCCGAGCUUCUACCACGAGGCGGCGCCGUCCCCGAGGGCCGAGUUCAAGAAGCUGCCGACGACCCGCCCCAAGUCCCCGAAGCUCGGCAGGAGGAAGACGACCUCCAUGGAGACGUCCAACUCCUCGUCGGAGAGCGAGGGCACGAGGCCCUGCUGCCGCGCCAGCCGCGACGGCCUCGACAGCAACUGCAAGUGCGGCGGCGGUGCCGGCAGCAGAGGCGGCGGCAGGGCGCAGGCCACGAACGCCAAGCCGGCGCCCAAGAAGCAGCAGCCGCCGCCGAAGCACCGCGCCCACAAGAUCGCCGGCGAGAGCGCCAUCAACAUCGCCGUGCACUAGCUGCUGCUGCUGCUUCUGCAAGAUGACAAUGGCGUUUCCUCUGAAACUUCUUGCUCGUUUCCUCUGGCCGCAUGCAGGACGACGACAAUGGCGUGGGAACCUUUUUUUUCUAAGUUAUGGGAGUGCUUGACGGCUUGUGGAUUUGGUGUAGAUAAUAAGUUGUGGUGACGACGAAGACGAGCAUGGGUGAGCGAAGCCAGUUGGACAGAGGUGGUGUUUAUUUGUGUUAUGCUAAUUUUAUUUAAUCUGCUGUGCUGAGGGUGUGAGGGAUGGCCUGUACUUUGCCAAUGUACAGGGCUGUUUGUUUGUUUUUCUUCCUCUUAAUUUAUGGGAGAUGUGGGGUGUUGGAUGUAAGUUGUACAAGCAAAAACUGAGGGUUUGUUGGUGGUGAAGGCAAGGAACUAUUUAUCUGAUUUAUGCUCACUCACUGCACUA